CUCCGCGAAAGUCGCAGUUCCUUCAGAGAAGUGUCAAGUCUCAGAGCAGGUAGUGACGGACUCCUGACAGACAAAAUCCAGGGAGUUACAAACCUGAACGAGUUUAGGCGGAAAGAAAAAGAAGAAAGGCGCCUGCGCGGAGAGAAACUGCGCGCGACAGAACUGACACGACAAAAAGCUUGCGUUUUUAAAAAGUUUUUAUUCUUCUCAACCCACGUGGACAAGACAGCAGGGUUCAUGUGUGACAUAUACAGCCUGGACUCACACUGCGUGUCUCCACAAUGCAACAUGAGUUGGGCGAUGGAGCCUGCUAACUUCUACGAGAGCACCAAGCUGGGCUGCCCGCAGCAGGGCUUCUGCAAGCCGGGCAGCAGGGUCGAGGGCCCGGCGGAGGACGGCACCAUGGUGGAGCUGAACAACACCCCUGCCAUGUACGACGACGAAAGCGCCAUCGACUUCAGCCAAUACAUCGAGUCCAUGACGUCCGUGCCAAACCUGGAGCUGUGCAACGACGAGCUCUUCCUCGACCUGUUCAACACGGUGAAGCAGGAGAAGAGCGAGCUGUACGCCAUGCAGAGCUCCGCGCAGCAGCCGGAGAGGAAGCUGGAGAAGGGCGCGCUGAGCGCCUCCAUCAAGCAGGAGUCGGACUGGAGCGACAGCGACGUGUCUUCGUCCCUGCCCUCCCAGAUCGAGACCUGCGCCCAGACCUCCGUCAGCCUGCCGACGGGGCAGCCGACUCCCCCGACCACACCGGAGCCCGUCUCCUCCGCCAAGUCCUCCCCGCGGAAGGCGCAGGGCAGGGAGAAGGGCAAGAAGGCGGUGGACCGCUUCAGCGCGGACUACCGGCAGAGGCGCGAGAGGAAUAACAUUGCCGUGAGGAAAAGCAGGGACAAAGCCAAGAGGCGCAACUUGGAUAUGCAGCAGAAGCUGAUCGAGCUGAGCGUCGAUAACGAGAAGCUUCACAAAACCAUCGAGCAGCUAACCAGGGAGCUCAGCGGCCUCAGAGAUUUCUUCAAGCAGGUCCCCAACUCCUCCUUCCCGGUCUCCAUCAGCACCGAGAGCCGGUGACACAGUGACUCUUCUAUGAACUGAACUUCUAGAAGACAUACCUCAACAGACACUUUUUUUACCAUCUGUACCAGAUGUAUUAAGCUUACCAUAAUGGCACUGGAAAAUAUGUAUUUUGUUGCCAUGUUUUUGUGGGAUUUUCUGUAUUAAAUUAUUUUACCACUGCAUUUAAAUUUUUACCUGACAUGGUACAUGUUUUAUAAUUCUAAACUUUGUAUAAGAGCCAGAGCAUGAUCUUUUAUAUAGUUUGUAUGAAACCUUGAAAACGUUUUUGUUAUGAAUCUAUAAUAAAGUGGAUGAGAAAAGUG